AUGAUUCCAGAAGCUGAGUACCCGGAGUCUGAAUUAAAAAAGUACAAGAUUCUGAUUUCGGGAGAUGCUGCAAGCAAGCGAGAUUCUUCCCUUCGGUAUGCUCAAGAAUAUGGUGGACAGACACAAGUGGUGAAAGUCAAAAAAACCGUCAAGAAGAUAAAGACAACCAAUACAGCAUCAACAAUACUUCGAAGGCACAUUUCGGAAAGAUCUUGGACUUUGAGGAAUUGGUAUAGACACAUCCAUUGGAAAAACUUCACGCUGAUAGUCCUCUGUCCGAUCGUGGGGUUGACAUUAUGUCUUUCGUAUAAUACGAGACCUUGCAAGCAAACACUCUAUUUUGCUGCAUUGCUCCAUGUUUUUACGCUGAUGUCGGUAAACCUACUUUACCAUAGAUACCUCUCACACAGUUCAUUUAGCAUCGAAAACGAGAAAUUGGUUUUUGUCUUAGCGGCCUUAGCUUCAGGAGCGGGGGUAACUUCUGCGAAGAAUUGGUGCUCGUCUCAUCGUGCACAUCAUAGGUACUGCGAUGUCUCCGAUAAAGAUCCCCACAAUAUUAGAAGGGGAUUCCUAUUCAGUCACUGUGGAUGGAUGAUAUUGAUCCAUAAUCUCAAAGUCUCCAAAGCCAUCAGGGAAAGCAAACUCGAUGAACUCCCUAACAAGAAGGCUGUUAAGUGGCAGGCAGAUAACUAUCAUCUACUAUUCAUUACAGUUGGUCUCAUGAUACCAAGUCUUGUUUGCGGAUGGUUUUGGAAUGAUUAUCUCGGUGGGUUGAUAUAUGCUGGUUUCCUUAAGACUGCUCUAACGCAACAUUCUGUCUUUGCGACAAAUUCCCUUGGUCAUACUAUUGGCACUAGACCAUAUAAUGAUGGCAAGUCGCCCAGAAAUAACGUGCUGCUUAACCUCAUCACCCUUGGUGAGGGUAAUUUGAAUUUUCACUAUGAGUUUCCUAUGGAUUAUCGUAAUAGCAACGUUUGGUAUGAUUUUGACCCUACUAGAUGGCUAAUAAAACUGCUCUGUUGUCUAAAUUUUGUCAAACAUUUGAAAAAGACUUCCAACUCGACAGUUGAAAUGUCUUAUGUGCAGCAACAACAAAAACUAAUUGACAACAAACGUUCGCAAUUAAAUUGGGGAAUUCCGAUUGAAAAGUUACCGGUAUUCUCUCCAGAUGAAUUUCGAAGACUGGCCGAGAAAUCCAAAGACAGAUAUCUAGUGGUAGUUUCAGGGAUUAUUCAUGAUAUUACUCCUUUUGCAAAAGAUCAUCCAGGAGGUUUACCUUUAAUUAAAGCUGCACAUGGGAAAGAUGCCACCACUGCCUUCAAUGGUGCAGUUUAUCAACACUCCAAUGCAGCAAGAAACUUAUUAGCUACAAUGCGCAUAGGGGUUUUGGGAGGCUCGGAAAUCCUUUUUUGGAAACAACAACGAAUUGAGAAUAAGUCUGUUCCAAUUGAUAACGACACCGAUGGUAACAAGAUUGUGCGAAGUGGAGCUCAAGAAACUAUGAAUAAAGUUUAUGGGGGCACUGCCGAUGCAGCAUAA